AUGGACGACGAUGCCUCAUCAACAGACAUUUCUCCCGCUUCCACGUCUGCCGUCACCGAGGACAUCGGGCCGUUUGGCUGCGCAGCCCGAGUAGCAUGGAUCCUGGACCAAAUCUUCCGCGCGAUGGAUAUACCGGAUCUUGAUUCCCAACUGGCGCGUGUCAACGCACUGGAUGAGACGCUGCGGUUGUUUCUGGCCGAUAUGAUGCGGCAGAUUCAUGAGAGACAGCUUCUGUGCUGUGAACCGCUCAGUGCGGCUUUUCGGGCUUUGUUCAUGAUACACCAUCAGAUUCUAGGUGUGCGUCCCGGCUUGUCCGGCCAUACUACCGAAUCCCGGAUAUCGCCUGCGCAGUGGGAGAAGUCUAACGCGGCUCUCGACACCGCGACCAAGAUGAUCGUCGAUGUUGUCGAUUCCCAUGUGAAUAUCAGUCCGGAUCUCUGUUAUAUUGGCCUCCCCCGGUAG